AAAAUGAAUUCGUUUGACGUUUGUUGUUUUGGUACACACAAUCUUGUUUUGCAUUUUGUUUUUCAUGCAUCUCUUGUGCUUGGAAAUUGAUAGCUUUGAGGGCGCUCAUGGGUUAGUUUUUGAAUACAUAGAAGAAAAAAACCAGCAGCAACUCAAGGGAGCAGAAAGGCAUGAUGUUUCAACAAAGCUACGUUUGAGAUGGGUUUAGUGCAUUUUGCUCCCCCAGUAAAUUUUUGUUGUAGUUACCAUAAAUUGUCACUUGCUCUGCAGGAAAUCAGCAACUGAAGGAUCUAGUGCUGUUCCAACUCGUAAGUGGAUUGAUUUGUUAAUCUAUGUAGCCUACAGCAGAACUCCCAUUGCUUGUUUUUAUGUUUUUUUGAAUGGACUUGUUGAAUGAUGGACAGUACUCCUAUAUAUUAGUCAGGAGAGUAUAGUCAGGCUGCUUCUAUGCUUUGCUCUUGAAGUGCGUCACAACAUUCCAUUUCUUGAUAGGGAUAUUAACUGAGUCGGGAAAAUUCCAAAACAUUUUCACUUGCGUGUCACUGUGAUUCUUAAUAUAUUUCGGAUGGUUGUAGGGAGCUGCUGAGGAUAGUCAGGCUGCUUCUAUGCUUGAGGACCCGACAAAGGUUUGGUUCUGUUAAGCUGUUGAUAUAUCAAGGAAUUUAUUUGCCAGUGCUGCUCAAUCAAUGCUGUCUAGCACAAGCUUACCUGAACUGACCUUUUGCGUUAUACGGGAGAAGCCAAGUGACCCUGAUGUUUUCCGUUGCUUGGAGAAGCUAAAUAUAAACCAAAGGAUUAUGAAGGAAGCGCAAAUGCAAAUAAGAGUUCUGCAUUGGUGUCUAAAUAUCUCGAUUUUGAAGUCCUACGUGGCUGUACAAAUGCAUUACUUGCAUGAGGCUGUAAAUUUCCUUCUUGCCUCUCAACAACAACUGCAAGCACAAAUCUCAGAAGUAAGAAGUGAAAGCAGUACAAAGGAAGCAGAGGUCCAGAAGGUGGACCCUGUUCAGGUGGAUUUGCUAGUGGGGAAAGCAUAUUCAGACUGGGGGCAUGUUAGUGAUGCUGUGGCUGUUUAUGAUCAGCUCAUCUCUGCUCACCCUGAUGACUUCCGAGCUUACUUGGCCAAGGCAACAUCUUUUGCACCAGAGAAAGCCAAGGUACUUGUCCAUCGUUAGUCAAGACAGUGAAGGCCCCCAUUUCUUGUAGACAAGCUUUUGGAGAAGAAGCUUCUCAGUCCCUCACUAUGUCCGUUGGAGUUGGAUUUGAGAAUUUUAUAGGAAAUAUAGAAUGUUAAACAUGUUAGAAAUGUAGUUUCUUUAGGGAAAUUGGUGAAAUUUUUUAACACUUUUUGGAGAAGUGUAAUGUCCUAUUAACAUUCAUUCGUAAGCACAACUACACAAGUUAA